CCUCCCGCUGGGUGUUCGUCAUGGUAGGCGUCAUCUACAUGGCCAUCGGGCUGCUAGGCAAGCUUUCGGCCCUGUUCAUCAUGAUCCCGGAACCCGUCCUAGGUGGCGCCCUGCUCUCCAUUACCGCCGUUUUCAUAGGUGUAAUACUCUCGAACCUCACCGAGAUUUCUUUGCACAGCACGCGCAAUUUGGCGAUUCUGGGUCUUUCCCUGACGGUGGGCAUUAUGGUCCCUCACUUUGUGGAGACCAAUCCGGACAUCAUCAAAACAGAUAACGUUGCUCUGAGUAACUUUCUGAAGAUGUUUUUCGGUAAUGCCAACUUCGCUGGAGCGCUGUGUGCUUUUAUUCUGGACAACACUGUACCAGGGACCAAAAAAGAGCGAGGCAUUCUCGCUUGGAGCGGUGUUAAAUCGGAUGCCAGCAUAACCAAGAAGUAUUCCGAGGGCUACGAACUAUACAAUCCAUGGAUGCCGUCAGAGAUGAGAAAAUCAAGAUGGCUGAAAUUCAUUCCUUUCCUUCCAGAACCGGAAACGGACAUGACGUCAUUGAAAGUGAAUAACAAAAUCGAACACGAGCAAACGGAAUUUUUGUGAUGUGGAUUUGAAUACUGCUUUGCCAUAAUUGCAUUUGCCAUAGCAUUGCCUAGAUAUGUAGGUUUAUAUGCCUCAAGAAAAGGUUGCAUAUUGUAUGUUUUCAGUUUACUGAAGUAUUAAUUGCAUUAAGUGUGACGAUUAUUUGGGGUUGAUAUUUACUGUCUCUAGUAUACUCUAACCAAUAUUGAAAACACAAGAUGGUGUCUAUUAAAUGUAUUGGGUGGGAACACGUGUAUCAAAUUAUUAAUCCACCGUUACAUCACAUCACAUAAACAUAGUGAGAAAACACUGUAUGGAACCAAGCACUCGUUAAGAAUUCCAAGUUUUCCCCAUGCUAUAUACAUCUCACACCAAAUUAAUUGUUUGAUAAUACGAAACAUACCAGAAUACCAUAAUUCUUUUAAUGAAACAAUUUUAAUAACUGUGAAACAACGUUUUGUCUCUUAGGGAUACAUUUGAAAUAUUUUUUAUUUUUUCUCAACUACUUUGGAUUUUUUAUAUAUUGAAAACGUACCUUUUUCGGGUAACAGGUUUAGACAUUUUGAUCAUGUUGUUAUAAGUAUUUUUUGUAUCUUUAUUAAAAUAAAUUACUACAUAUAACAGCACAUAGAUGAUAGAAGGGAUAUCAACCACGCUCUUUAAAAUAUAUGUACCUAUAGACACUGCUGAAAAGAAGUACUGACAAACGAGAUCUGACAUUGAGGAAGCAUUUGAGCUGUUUUUUCGUGGAAUUGACAUGUAACGAUGUGUGUACAUAGACGAUGUUCAGAUAUGUUUUAUUUAAUUUGAUAUGGGAUUUCAUGUUCUUUUAUCCAUUGCAAUGUGUUAUGACAUUUUUGUACUAGUUUGUUUUUUAAGCGUGGCGGUAAUUUGUUUUUUAGGCGGUGUGGUCGUAUAUGGUUUGUCUGAAAUAGAGCGUUGAAAGUCUGAAAAAAACUUCUAUUGAUUUCAAUAGAACAUAAUAUAUAUUUAUUUUCAACCGGGGCUUUGGUGAUUGUAUGGUUAAAUGUGUAUUCCAAACGUAAAGUUGAGGUAUGUGGCAUUAUGGAAAGCAGUUUAAGUUUUCUACAAAACAAGAAAUGUUAUUAUCUCAUUGUUUAAUAAAAAAUGUGGUUAAAAUCUCAGUUCGUUUUUAUGCCCCCCCCCCCUUCAAAGAAAAGGGGGUAUAUUGUUUUGCACAUGUCGGUCGGUCCGUCGGUCUGUCUGUCGGUCGGUCCGUCCACCAGAUGGUUUCCGGAUGAUAACUCAAGAACGCUUAGGCCUUUGAUCAUGAAACUUCAUAGGUACAUUGAUCAUGACUGGCAGAUGACCUCUAUUGAUUUUCAGGUCACUAGGUCAAAGGUCAAGGUCACAGUGACUCGAAAUAGUAAAAUGGUUUCCGGAUGAUAACUCAAGAAUGCUUACGGCUAGGAUCAUGAAACUUCAAAGGUACAUUGAUCAUGACUGGCAGAUGACCCCUAUCAAUGUUCAUGUCACUAGGUCAAAGGUCAAGUUCACAGUGACUCGAAACAGUAAAAUAGUUUCCUGAUGAUAACUCAAGAAUAAUUAGGCCUAGGAUCAUGAAACUUCAUAGGUACAUUGUUCAUGACUGGCAGAUGACCCAUAUUGAUUUUCAGGUCACUAGAUCAAAGGUCAAGGUCACAGUGACAAAAAACGGAUUCACACAAUGGCUGCUAACACAACUGACAGCCCAUAUGGGGGGCAUGCAUGCUUUACAAACAACCCUUGUUAAGAACAGUGAUACAUGUACUUCUACGCUGAACUAUGUAUAGGAAUAUGUGUGUAAAUAUGUAUCAGGUGUCUUUCAAUGUAUAUUAUGUUGACAGGAUCUCUGACAAAUUUCAAUUAUUGACUAUACAUGUUAUUACCAUUGACAUUUAAAAAUAUGAAUAUUACACUUUGCUCUUGUAAUUCUGUAAAAUAUGUGUCGAUUUUGUUUUAAUUUUAAUUCGAUUUAUGCAUACAAGCAAAAAUAUGCUUGGGAAAUAAAAUAAUAUGCUCUA